UAGUUAUACUGUUCGCUAAUCAAAAUCAAUUGAAUCCAAUAAGAAUACAACUUGCAGAGUUCAUAACAUUGCUGGAAUGCUUGUUGUGGACAGCGCAACAGAUAAGAAUCGUUAAAGCUCUCCAGAAAAACAUCUACUGUCAGUUAAGAAGGUUAUUGGCGAGCAGCUGACCGCAAAAUUAGAGUGCAAAAUGUUUCGAAGGCUCAGUGUGUUACGAGUUAGCAAAAUGCGCAGUAUUUCAACGCUGCUGCAGUCGAAGGCUUUGGUCAACGGCAGCUGGAUUGAGGCCAGCAGCAAAGACACAUUUGCAGUAUGUAAUCCUGCUAAUGGCGAAGUAAUAGGCAAGGUACCCAACAUGGGCGUGGAGGAUGCACAACUGGCCAUAAAUGCGGCCAAACAGGCCUACGAGUCCAAGGAGUGGCGGUCCUUGACAGCCAAAGAUCGUUCCAAUCUCUUGAAGAAAUGGCACAAGCUCAUCGAGGCUAAUACCCAAGAGAUCGCAGAGAUUAUGACAGCCGAGUCCGGAAAACCCAUUAACGAAUCAAAAGGCGAAGUGCUUUAUGGCAACGCCUUUGUCGAAUGGUUCGCCGAGGAGGCACGUCGCAUCUAUGGAGAAGUGGUGCCCAGUGGAACUGCAAAUCGCGAAGUGAUUGUGAUGAAACAACCCAUUGGCGUGGCUGCCUUGAUAACACCAUGGAAUUUCCCGCUGGCCAUGAUAACACGCAAAGCAGGUGCCGCCCUAGCCGCAGGCUGCACUGUCGUCGUCAAGCCAUCCGAAGACACGCCAUUGACUGCGUUGGCUGUGGCCAAGUUGGCCGAGGAUGCUGGCAUUCCAAAGGGUGUCAUCAAUGUGAUUACUACUAACAAGGCGGCGCCAAUUGGCGCACUCUUCUGUCAGAGUCCCGAUGUGCGAGGCAUUUCCUUCACUGGCUCCACGCAAGUAGGCAAGUUGUUGUUCAGGGACUCGGCACAAGGCAUUAAACGUGUCUGCUUGGAGCUAGGUGGCAAUGCGCCAUUUAUUGUCUUCGAUUCGGCCAAUGUGGAGAAGGCGGUGGAUGGCGCUAUGGCGUCCAAGUUUCGAAAUUGCGGCCAGACUUGUGUCUCUGCGAAUCGCUUCUUCGUGCAGGAAGGUGUCUAUGACAAAUUUGUGACGCUGUUGAAGCAGCGUGUGGAAGCGUUGAAGAUUGGCGAUGGCAAAAGCUGUGAUGUGCAAAUCGGACCAUUAAUUAACCAGAUGCAGUUCGACAAGGUCAGCGGCUUUGUAGAAGAUGCACGCACCAAGAAGGCCAACAUCAUUGUGGGCGGCAAGGGACUCUCGGAUCUGGGUUCGUUAUUCUAUGCGCCCACCAUUGUCACCGAUGUGCCAGCCACGGCUCAACUGUACACCGAAGAAGUCUUUGGCCCCGUGGUGUCCAUCAUCAAGUUCAAGGACGAGGCAGAGGCGGUGCAUAAAGCCAACGAUACCCAACGUGGACUGGCGGGCUAUUUCUACAGCGAGAAUCUGCAGCAAGUUUUCCGUGUAGCAAAGCGUUUGGAAGUCGGCAUGGUGGGUGUUAAUGAGGGCAUCAUUUCGGCGCCAGAGGCACCGUUCGGCGGUGUCAAGGAGUCAGGUGUAGGACGCGAAGGAUCGCAUCAUGGCAUAGACGAUUACGUGGACAUCAAGUACAUUUGCAUGGGAAAUCUAAAAUACGAUUGAAUCUUAUGAAUUCCGAAACGUCAGGACAAGGCGUUGCUUUACUUCGCAGUCUUCCACUAGAGAAAUGCUUGUUUGUUGUUUAAAUCACGCGAGCCACAACUUUAAAUGUAUAAAUUAAUAAAUGUGCACAAAUUAUAAAUAGAUAACAA